AUGGACAGAGGAGGUGAAGGUAAACACAGCAUCCCCACCGAUGGGCACCAUCGUACUGCUAACCGGGUACCAAGGACCAACUUCACCACAAAACAGCUCACGGAGCUCGAGAAGGAUUUCCACUUCAACAAGUACUUGACGCGGCCAGACGACUGGCGAUCUCGAACGCCCUGCAGCUGAGCGAGCCACAGGUGAAGAUUUGGUUCCAGAACCGGCGCAUGAAACAGAAGAAAUUAAUGCGCGAGGGCCUUCUUCUCCCCGUGGCCCCUCUGGCGUCCUCGAGAUGCUCAGAAAGCUCACGCUCCAACAGCUUGGACACCUGCCCCUCUGCUGGACCACCUGAACCGACCUCGUGCUCUCCCAAACAUCAACUAGCAGAGGACCUGUCUCAUGCGUUACAAAACAAGGUGUGCAGGCCUAAAAAUAGUGACAGUGUCACCAACCUGCAGCUGGUUUGA